AUGAAACGUUGCUGGUGAACGGAAUUUAUACUGAACAUUCGUUAAAUGUAAUAGUUCAACGCUGGAAGUCAGGAAAUUUCUCAGAAAGAUGAUGAUAAUAUUGGUACUAAUUGCCGUAGUGUCAUGUCAGGGAGACGUUUGGGAAGAACUAUUUUCGGUUGAUAGCCUUGAACCUAUCAGUUUGGAUGUGUAUUCUGAAAUUCCGGGAAAUAUCAAAUGGCAACAAUCUAACAGAAGUACAGCUGUGACAGCAAAAGCAAAGUUAUACCAAAAAGGAACAGAAGAUAUACCUAGUGAUCUUCUUUCCAGUCAAUGCAGAAUAGACACCGAAAUAAAAGCGGGAAAAAUUACUGUUAAAAUAUUUCCUAACAUCCAGGAGCCCAAAUUCACCAGUUACCAACUAAAUGGCGGAUUUCCAUUAUUAUACAGCUACUUUCUGACAUUAUGUAUAUUGGCAUCAGUCCAUGGAUGGCAGAUCGCUGUCACAUAUGGGGUUCUUCUGUCCGCAAUGUUCACAUUUGCUAAUGUGUGUUUAGCUAACAUUACACGUAUAGAUAUAGUUGUGGAAUAUCCAGAAACCGUUCAGUUUAAUAAGAUCAACGUGUUCAUGAAGAAUGGUAAUAUAACAUUACCAGAGAGUGUAACAUAUAAUUCCAUCGUUGAUUGUUCAACAGACCAUACCUACAAUAGAUCAGGAUGUAUAUCCUGUUGUCAUGGAAAAGGCGUUUGUGGUAUUGGAAAUAAAUGUUAUUGUAAAGAAGGACACGAAGAACGAACACAUUGUAAAAUGAAGAAGACACCUCGUCAUACAAUUUUUAUCAAUACCGUCGACCAAAGAAUAAUUCAUGUUAAUCUUCCAACUAAUCAAAACAUCACAGUAUAUGGAAAAAGAGACAUGAAUGGAAGUGUUAGGUCUUUGAAAAGUUUCCGGUCACAUGAUCAGUAUGGAGUUUCAUCUAAUAUAGUAAUGGGAAAACUACGCAAAAUAUCAAGAAUUGUCUCCUCUUCAGGGACAACAAUUUCAUAUGACUGGAAAACAAGAUGCUCUGUGCACGUGACCGUUAUUUUCAACAAAGGCCAAGGCCAAAUUGACCAGGAUAUAACUGUCUGUAAAAUGAAGCCAAAGCAGGAGAAAGUUGAAUUAGAGGACAAUAAAGAGACACAAAAUAUAUUACCGUCUAGUGUUGAAGAGAAAAGAAACAUACAAAGGAGAUCAAAGAACGUCAUCAAUCAUCAUCAUAAAGGAGAUUCUAUCAAAAUUCCAGUGGAAAUUAAAAGUUGCAACGAACCCGAUUCGUCUGCUGAAGUUUCUGCAAAAAUAACUGCAGCAAAUCAUUCCGAAAAUAUUAUACAAAACGAUUUUCUGGGGUCAUUGACGUCUCACCCUGGACUUUAUCACAUCAGGAUACCGGUUAAACCUGUACAUCAGACAGACAGUCAGGAAUCAGCUGUUUGCCAAACCUUCAUCCAUUCAACAAAUCAUCUGUGUAAAUAUGCAUCUUCAAACUAUUAUAAAUUUCAACGUCAUAUUUGCAAGCAAAUAAAAUCGUCAAUAAAAGUAAUGUCAGGAGUAUCAUUUUCACAAGUAGGUGACGUCAUCACAACAUGUGAAUCGAGUUUUCAAACUGUCAUAUCAUUUUGCAAAGAGUUUUAUACAAACAUUGAAAAUAAUUGCAAUAGAGAUUCUAUAAUAUUUUAUGAUUCAUUCGUUUCUGGAAAUGUUUCCGUACAAAUCAUUGCUACAUUUCCAGGAAAUUAUUCAGUUUACUCGGAACGCUUUGAUUUGAAGGUCAAAGAGGAUUCGCCUUUUCCGGUGUCAAUGAAGAAAAUAAACGACAUACGCCCAAAACCAAGAUUUAUAGGCUUUAGUGUAAAUCCAAGGGAUCCAAAGCCUUUUCAACGGUAUAACGUUAAAAUAAAUUACGCGUGUGCAUCAUCUACCACAAAACUUGACAUGCGUAUUGAAGGAAGUGAUAAUUACCAUAGCAACAUUACUUGCAAUGGUGUGACACAAUGUAACUGUUGUAUAUUACAUGUUGCCGGUGCUGCAGCACAUGUUAUGGACAAGGUUUUGGUCACUCUUAACGACCCUCUGACGCAGACAAUUACCACAAGAGAAAUAGCCGUUCUGUUUUGAUAUAAAACUGCAAAUAAAAGUAUUGUUGUUAUAAA